AUGUCCAUCAGUGUUCUGGCUCUUGUCUUGGUCAGUGUGCAACAGGUGGGAGGAAAGGUUGAAGCCAUUGAAACAGUUAAAGUGAAGGAGGGAGAUUUCCUCAAUCUGCAUCCAGGACUUCAUGAUGUAAAAGGAGACGUUCAGAUACUGUGGACGUUUGAAAGUGACAGUCAAAGUACUCGUGUCGCACAGAUGCAUCAAGGGAAAAUAUACACACAUUAUGACAAGAGACUCACUGGCAGAGUACAGUUAGACCGAGAAACAGGCAUUUUAACCAUCGCAGACAUCAGGACUAAUGAAUCUGGACUGUAUAAAGCAGUAAUCAUUGUUAAUAAAAAGGUCACAGUGAAUAAAUACGAAGUGGAAGUUUAUGCGACCGUCACCGUUCCUGCCGUCAGGAGCUCAGCAGUUACUGUAUCUACAGGUACAUCACGGGGAUCACACGCGAGCAACAGCGCCACCCGUCCAAACACAAACAAGCUGUUCCCUAAUCAUCAAGACCCUGUGGGGAGUUGUGGUGAGACUGAGGUUCUGGUCAGACUGGUUCUGUCUGGUCUGGUGGCGAUCGCGACUAUCGUCUUUCUGCUGGAUCACAUCAGAUGUUGCACUCCCAGAAGAGGAGCUCAAUCCUCCGUGUGAUGAUGAUGAUGAUGAUGAUGACAAAUCUGUUCGACAUCACGUGAUCAGUUUAUUCGUUUUUUAAAACAAUUUAUUGAAUUUUCAAAAAUUACAAUAUACAAUAUCAAGUUCUUGACACAUCUCUUUUACAAAAUUUCACAUUUGUCAAGUACAGCUUAAAACAAUAAUAAUAAUAAACUUAAUAAAGUGUAU